CAGCUCGCGCCGCUCGUCCUCGCGAUGCUCAUGUCCACCCACCUCGCGCGGCCGAACCCGUUCCUCGCCGCCGACGCGGGCGGCUUGCCCUUCCCCGGCGGCCUCCCCGGCGGCCUCACGCGAGGCGACCUCGAGGUGCUGCUGCACCUGCCGCUGCCCGUCUGCCUGUACGGGUGGGCCAUCCUCCUGCACGGCGACACGGCGGAGCUCUGGUGCGGCUUCCUCGUCGCGGCGUGCGCCUGGCGCUGGCUCGGCACCGCCCUGAUCUCCACCGAGAUGCUGUGGUCGAUCGUCACGUCGUCCCAGGGCGUCACAAGGCCUCUCCUCCCGGUCAUCGUCGGCCUCACGCACGGCUUCAGGCAGAUGCGGCCGUGCACCCGGGACAAGUACUCCGCGGUCGUCGUCGCCAGCGUGGCGGUGAUUGCGAGCACGGCGGCCUUCCGCCUCGGGCCACAGGGCCUCGCCGCGGCGGCGCAAAAGGGCCUGCGCUUUGCCGGCGGGUUUGUGCUGGGCCGGGGCGUGGCGGCGGCGGCAGCAUCGUCCGCAAAUCGCAAGCCUUGCGCGUGAUUCUCGGCGGUGGAGGCCGUCCGCUCCCGCGGAGCACGCGUAGGAGAGUGCGUAUAUAGUGUGCGGCCGUGCGGGUGGAUUGUGGAUCAGCAUCAGGGGACCUCCGAACGGAUCACGUCUCGUUGCAUAAGAUAUACACGGAAUUCAAA